ACCCCUUCUCUUUACUGUUGGUACAGUAUUGAAACAAAUUGCAUCAGUUCAUUUCUGAGAUCAUUAUUUUUCUAGACAUGUUUAGGCUAUCCUAUAACAGGAUUUUGGCUUAUAAAAGCAGGGUUUGAAAGACAUGAAACAUCAAUGGGCGUAAUUAUAUUAUUCCAAAUAAAGAGGCCUAGUUUUUUCCUCAACUUUAUCAGAACUAGUUACUGUGUUUCUGAAUAACACUAGUUACUGUGUUUUCUACAUAAUUCCAUAGCCAUUGGAGACACGGCAAGUACAGCGACCAAUUUUGCAGUCAGAAAGUCAGGUCCCACAAUAAGAAAGACGCCCCUUUUUUGCAUACCUCGACGCGAGUUCUAGGAAAGCCACAUCGCGCUCACUGAUACGCUAAAUGUACAGUGAAGACAGUACACAGCAUCUGUAGGGACCAGCCUCACACUUCAUCGGACCCCCUGGUAGAAAGCCACAUCAGACAUGACUGCGAGAAACAGAAACAAGAACAAUUUAAGCGAAAAGACUGCUUCAUCCACGCAAGAUGACGUGGCGAAGAAAAGUCCGAAACCUAGUAGUAAUGGUAGCUCCUCAAUCCAGGGGUCGGGGUCAGGGAGUUGGGUCAAAGUUAUAGCUGCUUUAUGUUAUAUCGCAUUAGUAGCCGCUGCGGGCUUUGCUGCUAUUUAUCUACAACAAGUGUUGAAAGAAGUCCAUCAAAUCAGCAGCAGAAAUGAAGACACCGUACGGAAAAAUGCAGAGGUUACGCACAAAGUAGAGAAUGUUCUUCAACAGGUGGACAACGUGAGGCGUGCUGUAGAUGGGUUGGAGUCGGCACUGGGCACCAUGCGGGCAGAGCAGGAGGUGGGGAGCCGAGCGGUGAGGAAGGGCGAGGCGGAGACACGGCGGGUGGAGGAGGCUCUUCAGAGGCUCCAGAACGAACUGUUGGUCGACCUGUCAGAAGGCAUCAAGGAGGUGAAGGAGGCCAGAGAGCGGGACUUCUCUUCCCUGGAGAAGACGGUGGAGGAGCGCCUGGCUGAGUUGAGUGCCUCCAUCGCGGACAGCGUGACUGAGUUCACCGAGACCCAGGGUGAGACUCAAAGUCAGCUGGCUGACCUCAAAGCCCGUCUGGAUGACAUGGAGGACCCGGAGCUGAUCAGGCAGGAACUGUCUGCCAUUGUCGACACCGUCGCCGGGCUCAGCACCACUAAGCAGGCCACAGAUGAGUCUGCCUAUUCGCUGAGGGAGCAGAUCGCCGCGGUGGGGUCAGAGCUCCAGACCCGUAACCAGGAAAUAGCCUCGAUGUCACAGGAAGUGGAGGCGGUGAGGUUGCUGGUGCAGGAGACAGCGGGGAGCCUGCGGCAGCAGGUGUCGGGAGCAGAGGCAGGCAUCCAGGCGUUGACAGAUCAGGACCAGAGCCUGCAGAGCAGCCUGGAGCUGGCCACCGAAGCUCUGCACAGUCUGGAGAAGGAACUGCGGGGGGAAUCGGCCAGGGCUGAGCAGAGGUCCGACGGUCUGGAGGUCAGACUAAAAGUGGUGGAGGAGGGCGGAGACUCCCUGGCCGCGUCGCUAACAGACCUGACUUCCAAGGUUGAGGCUCUUCUUGCCAAGUACGAUUCCCACGAGAGCACGCUCGCCGCCCAGGGCACGGCAGCCGAGAAGGCCCGGGCCACUCUACAGGGGGAGCUAGAGGAGCUGAAGGGCAGCCUAGAGGAGCUCCAGUCCAACGUGGUCGCACUGAGUGACGCUCAGACCAAUCUGUCUUCCAGGGUCUCUAACCUGGGGCUGCAGAUAGAGGGGCUGGAGCAGAAGCUGGAAGCCUUGAGGGAAGUCUCCAAGUCAACCAGCCAACCCCCACCAGAGCUGGAGAAGCUGAAGAGCACUGUGGAUGGCCUGGUGGGGAAAGCUGCCAAGCUGGAGAGCCAUGAGAAGGCCAUCGAAGCCCUACAGGGGUCACUACAGAAGACCAUUAGCUCAUUGGAGGCCUUGACCAAAGCCCCAGCCGAAUAGCAUGAAGGUGUAAGGGGAGCGUAGGAAGAAGAGAAGGAGGAGGGGGUAGUGUUCAGGAGGGGUAGACUGGGUUGGGUCAAUGAGAAAUGGGGAACGUGGACUGCUGUGAAUUUUAACACAACACUGCACUGUAGUUUUUUGUUUGUUUAUUUGUAUUUUUUCUCAUUUGAGUUUUUCAUUUAGUCAGAUUCUGUUACGGGUGGUUUCACAAACCCAAUUUGCAAUAUAAGCUCUUGUUCAGGAGCGUGUUAUGGUUUACUGAUUGUGUUUUGUUACAAAAAUUAAAUUGGGCCACCACA